AAGAAGAGCCAAGAGAUAAUGUAGAAAUGGUUGAUGUUAGUCGCCCAACACGACAGCUACUAUCAAUUAAAGCAAUUGAUGUGGUCAAAUCAGAGGCUGAGACCGACAGCGAAGUCGAUUUUGAAUACGAUAUUGAUUGUGUGAAGGGAGAGGUGAAAAGUGAAGACGGAUGUGCGAAGAAGGAAUGCGGUUCAUCACAAGGUGCCAGCUCUUCUAAUGGUGGUGACAAUCUCGACGAUAUAGCGGCAGAUGCAAGCAACGCAGAACCAAGGUCAAACAGCCGAGAAAAGCACAAGCGUGGAUCGAAACGAGAAAAUAUUACGAAUCAAAAGAAGCAAACCAAUGCCAAGGCAUCGAAGACAGCAGCGGUAAAGAGGCACAAGAAGCACAUGUGCCAUUUUUGCAAUUACGCUGCAUCAGUGAAAUCAAUUCUCACAGCACAUAUUCGAGUGCACACUG